UCGAACUUUGUAUGAAUUAGUUGUGUAUGUCAACAAAAAGUGCCAAAACCUAUUUUCCGGCAAAUAUGUUUUCAAGAAAAGUCUCGCUUGUUUCUGUGGACUUGCCAUGCCUUCUUUAAUUCCAAAACCCAUUUAAAAUUUGUUGGAGGGAUACGGCUGUUGGCAACACCAUUUUACCUAAUCCCAACUGAAACCCAUUGAAGUAAAUAUCGGGUUUCUAGUUAAUUGAAAGCCGAUGAUGAAAUUGAAGAAGUUGGUGAGAGAUUCAAUCAGGAAUUUGGCAGAAACACCAUCGAUUAUAGUGUGGAAGAACUUCAGUUCAGCAGGAGUUCCGAAGGAAAUGGCGGAUUGUGUGGUGAUAGGGGCGGGGGUAGUGGGAAUCGCUGUAGCCAGGGAAUUGUCUUUGAAUUUUGGAAGAAAUGUUUUGGUGAUCGAAUCUGCUUCGUCUUUUGGAACGGGUACCAGUUCUCGCAAUAGCCAAGUCAUUCAUGGCGGUAUCUAUUACCCUGCCAAAUCUCUCAAGGCUUAUUUUUGUGUUAGAGGAAGAAGGUUACUAUAUGAGUACUGUAAGAAACAUGCGAUUCCUCAUAAGCAAAUUGGGAAGCUCAUUGUUGCUUCUAGGCAUGAGGAGGUUCCAAAGUUGAAUUAUCUAAUGAAUCUUGGGAAUGAAAAUGGAGUUGAAGGAUUGAGAAUGAUGGAGGGUUCUGAAGCGAUGGCAUUAGAGCCUGAAUUGCAAUGCGUGAGAGCUUUAUGGUCACCAACUUCAGGAAUAAUCGACUCGCAUUCCUUGAUGCUCUCACAGACGGGUGAAGCUGAAAGUCAGGGAACAACCUUCUGUUACAACAAUACUGUGGUUGGUGCUCAUCUUGAAGGACAGCAAAUUCAUCUUCAUAUUUCUGAAACCGAGUCUCUAAGAAACUGGGAUUGUAAGUCUCAACGGUACCCUGAUGUUGUACUUCUCCCUAAGCUUGUAGUGAACGCUGCAGGCUUGAGUUCGGCAGCCCUUGCUAGAUGUUUCAGCGGCCUAAACCGUGGAGUAAUUCCUCAAUCUUACUAUUCCCGCGGUUGCUACUUUUCGUUAUCAAAUACUACAGUUCCUCCAUUUAGGCAUUUAAUUUAUCCUAUACCUGAGGAUGGUACUCUUGGGGUGCAUGUUACUUUGGAUCUGGAUGGUCAAGUCAAAUUUGGCCCUGAUAUUGAAUGGCUUAAUGAUAUAGAUGAUAUCUCAAGCAUUCAGAACAAGUUUGAUUACACAGUACAUGCUGAUCGUGCUAAGGAAUUUUAUCCGAAGAUCAGGAAGUACUACCCUUCUUUAAAGGAUGGGUCUCUGCAGCCUGGUUACGCUGGCAUCCGACCAAGAGUAUCUGGUCCAGGAAACGGCUUUGUUGAUUUUAUCAUUCAGGGAGAGGAGUCUCAUGAGAUACCCGGCCUUGUAAACCUCUUCGGGAUCGAAUCUCCUGGUCUAACGUCAAGUAUGGCAAUUGCGGAGUAUGUUUCCGCCAAGCUUUCAAAAUGCUAAGUAAUCACCAUGUUUCUAUUUCCCCUUUACCUACUUAGGUCCCUUUUGGUUUGCAUGUUUGGAUUGGAUUUGGAAUGGAAUUUCAUACCAAAUUCCAUUUUGUUUGAAGGAUUUAUGUAAUUUGAAAUCCCGGGAUUUCAUUGACAUCCCACAAAUAUAAGACGUGAGUAGUUGGUAUUUCAUGUGAUUUCGAAGGAUUUGCAUAUAAUAAUGUUUUAAAUAUAUGUUAAAAAACAUUUGUAUUGUAAUAAUC